AUGCCACCCACUGCGGUCGUGGACAAUGAGAACGGCGGACCCGUCGGGCUGUUAGACACUGUCGCGGUCGUUUCGCCGGAAACCACUAGAAACGGGCAGCCUCGGGAUGCGCCCAUGGAUCCCGAAUCUGAUGAGGAUGUUCCGCUUGAGGCUGAGGAACUGCAAGAUGCUCUCUCGCGACCGCCGCCAGUGAACAGUAGCUACCUUCCCCUCCCAUGGAAAGGCCGACUAGGCUAUGCCUGUUUGAAUACAUAUUUGCGAAACUCAAAUCCUCCAGUGUUCUGCUCUCGAACUUGUCGGAUCGCCUCGAUCUUAGAGAAUCGACACCCACUUGCCGACCCCUCACAGCCAGCUCACCCAACCAAGAAUCGUCCUGAUAGGGACCAAACCCCCGAUGUUGCGCGGGGACAGGCGUAUGUUGAGGGCCUGGGGCUUACCAAUGCGCGGGAUCUCAUUAAACUUCUACGUUGGAAUGACAAAUAUGGCAUCAAAUUCAUGCGGCUGAGCAGUGAAAUGUUCCCAUUCGCCAGCCACAAAGAGUACGGCUAUAAGCUCGCCCCAUUUGCGUCUGAGGUCCUUGCAGAAGUUGGUCACGUUGUUGCUGAAUUGGGCCAUCGGGUGUCCGUCCACCCGGGCCAGUUUACGCAACUCGGGUCUCCCAGGGCAGAUGUGAUCGACAGCUCGAUUCGCGAUCUCGAGUACCACUCGGAGAUGUUGCAGCUGCUGGAAUUGCCUCCACAGCAGGACCGUGACGCCGUUAUGAUUCUCCACAUGGGUGGUGUAUUCGGCGACAAAGAGGCGACGCUCGAUCGGUUCCGGGAAAACUACAAAGAUCUUUCGCAGGACAUCAAAAAUCGACUUGUCUUGGAGAAUGAUGAUGUUAGCUGGUCAGUACACGAUUUACUGCCCAUCUGCGAGGAAUUGAACAUCCCACUUGUUCUGGAUUUCCAUCACCACAACAUUAUCUUCGAUUCCAAUGAACUGCGCGAGGGUACUCUGGGUAUCAUGAAUCUAUUCGGGAGAAUCAAGGCCACUUGGACCCGCAAGGAUAUCACCCAGAAGAUGCAUUAUUCAGAGCCUAUUCCUUCUGCUAUCACAAACCGUCAGCGCAGGAAGCAUAGCCCUCGUGUCUCCACUCUUCCACCCUGCGAUCCGACCAUGGAUCUCAUGAUUGAAGCUAAGGACAAAGAACAAGCUGUAUUUGAGUUGAUGCGGCGGUUCAAACUGCCUGGCCAUGACCUCUUCAACGACGUACUCCCAUACACACGGAAUGAUGAGAACAAGCCUUUCAAGCCGCCUCGGAAGACGAAGAAGAACGGAGGCUUCGUUGACCUCGAGGGUCAAGUCCCUCCCGCCCCCACGAUUCCCGAGGAAGAGGUGGGAAUGGGUGGCCCAGAGCGAAGGGUCUACUGGCCUCCUGGCAUGGAAGAGUGGCUUCGACCGAAGAAGAUCAUUCGUGCCAAAGCAGGACAGAGCCCAGCGAAGCCGGGUACAACUAAGAAAAAAGCCAAGACCGAAGGGGAUGAUUCACAAGUCAAGGAAGAAGACGGUGAAAUAAAGAAUGGAGCCCCUUCUCCCCCUGUCUCUAAAACUCCCCGACAGGCGAAACGCACAGCAAGUGUCAAAAAGCAACCGAGCAGGAAACGGAAGGCGUCUCCCACUCCGCCAUCCACGCCAUCUGAUUCCGAUGUCGAGGCUCUGGAUUUGGCAGAAACACCCCAGUUGAGCCGUAGUGGAGCGAGCGGUGCUCGUCGUAGCCGACGUACGAAGACGGUGAACUACGCCGAGGAGAGUCACUCCGAGUGA